CAUUACACGGGGGCCGGCCAUGGCUACCAGCUCAACCAGUGUGGCCCCGACUCAUCCGUAUCAGCUGAUGAUCGAUCCUGGUGGUGAAUGACACCUCAACAUGAGCACAGGGCCGACGACACAAGCCACUUUUAUCCAAGGAAACCAGAAGACAGCCGGGCAGGAUGGGUCUCACUCUGCACUCUUCUACCUCCUCCAAGAAGUGUCCAGGCUGGCGUCCCCUGGCCACAGCAGUGUCCCGGGUACGCACUCGCCCUCCGAAAGUCUCGACGAGGCGUCCACACCGGGGGGUGUCAUCGUCGAGACGGAGGGAGAGGAUGAGCAUUCAGGAUGUGACGGUUUCUGCAAGCACAGUUUCUCGCCUUUAAAUCAGGUGAACAAAGUGGAGGAGGAACGUCACAGCAGCAAGGUCACGAGUUUGAUCGAGCCGCGUCGCGAGGGUGCCAGCCCCUUGAAAGUGCUGAGUCUGAUCAACCUGCAGUGUGACAGGAUCCUGCAUCAGGGAGAUGUGGAGGAACCGCAUCCAGGUUCAGUAUCAUCCAAGGCAAAAUUAGGCCGUUCAGCUCUCACAUCGUCAACUGCUACAACGGAUGUUACAGUACAAGGGGUCGGAAGUGACACUUCUCAUAUCAAGAGACAACAAAUUCAAGCCUCUGUCCGUGAUGUGGAAGAUGUUAGAGGGCUCAGUAUUUAUAAAGACUCCCAGGUGGGUUGUCGUCUUCAACCUCAGCCUGCUGAAAUAACAGACACUGUUUUACCAGAGCUGAUGAAGGAUAAUGCAACUGCCUCAUCUCAACCGCAAAGUUGGGACAAAAGGGAAGCCAUGUUUAAUGUUAACAGACAAUUAGAGUUGAGCCGGGAGUGUAAGAUGGACUUUUUGAAUGUGCCCUUCUCUGAAAAUGCUUUGUCACAAGCACCAUUGCACAAUGCACCCAUCGAUACCCAGCUGAUUGUAGAUUCAAAUGAAGAGACAGGUGUAUAUCUACCAAAGCCAGCACUGACAGUAGACUGCAACGCCAACAUUGUGUUGACCCCGUGUGACACCCAGCUGUCGCCUCCGAGCGAUGAGAGGUGUCAUUCAUUCCUAAAAACUGAUCUCAAAACCACAGGACCUAACUCAUCAAAGGACGCAUCAUCGCAGGUUGAAAAACUAAAAUCAUCGAGCUACAAUGUGCCUUCCGCAAAGAUACAACCAGAACUCAGGCCUGUGCAAAUCGAGGAAGUUGCUCCUCCGUCUUCCUGGCGGUGGAGAACCAAGACUCCAAGAAAACAACCUCAUCCCAGCCGGAGUGUUGACAUCCAAGACCCAGACAUCCUGGGUGUGACAUUCAGGAUGGGCUCGGAGCUGGACGACAGCAGGGAGCAGUGUCGGCUCCUCAUAACUUCAAAGUACAGCAAGGAACUCUUCAAGUGUGUGAGAAAGCCGAGGCUGAGGACACGGACAUCCCAGAAAACCCUCAAAACUUGCAGCUCAGAGGAGGAGAGUGACCUGACGGUUUCCAAGGAUAAAGUCUGUGCAUCGUGUGGCACCAGGAAGACGCCCAUGUGGAGAGAUGCAGAGGAUGGGACCCCGCUCUGUAAUGCCUGUGGGAUAAGGUAUAAGAAGUACAGAGUGCGCUGUGUCAACUGCUGGCAUAUCCCCAGGAAAGAGGGGAACUCCAACUCAUGCUGCCUCAGGUGUGGAAACUUGGUGAGGCUGACCUCAGCUCAACGGAAACACACAACCUAGGGAACCUACACAGAGAAAAGGCUUUUAAUGUCCACGUGUGAUGGAGCUCUGCACACACAGCAGCACAAGAUUGUACCCUGUCUCUGCUGUUGUUCUUUGUCCUCGACAAUUCAGUACAGAUGUUAACGCAAAAAAAGAAAGAACCGACAACAGCCUCUUGUAUUUUACUUGACUCAGGGUAUUUAAAUUAGUUUCACUGCCUCAGUUUUGCACCUCAGACAACAUAAUUAAUUUACAAAAUAUAUAUAAUAUAAAUUAACUAAAUCAAUAAACUGGUAAAAAAUCCUUUAAAACUAGAACCUUCUAAUACUUAAAAAUGUGCACUGUUAAAGAGUGGUGUGCACCUCUAUCUCGCCUGCACUGGUCCUUGUAUGUAGCAUGUCUGACAAAGUUUAUUCAGUUGAUUGGUUUUGUCUUCCCUCUGUCUGCUGAGCACAGAGCACAGACAGUGUGUAGCAGAGCUCGGAGUCAUUUAGCACAAAUAAAUGGGAUUCUUUAGUGCUACUGUAAGAACUACACACAUUCUGUGGAAAGUGUAUUCAUAAUUGUUGAGUUUUCAUCUCAAUAGCUUCAGUGUUGCUUGUGUAUAAUGGUCGUUGGUCUCAAGCAACAGCUGCAACACAAAGUUAUCUCUGUGCAGGACCAAAACACUGCAACCUGAGCUCAGUGCUGUGUUCACUGUUAUUCAAUGCAAAAUAAUUAACAUCAUCUUGGCCUUGACAGCAAGUUUGUCUGCCACAUAUUUAGUUGCACAAGUUAAAUUAUUUAUUUUGUUGUGUUCGUCGUCAUUUCUAACUUAUUUUUGGGAUGUUUGUUUAUCUUGGUGUAUUUGGAUUGUUGCUGCUAACGUUGGUACAUUUUUUUCCUGUGAGGAAAAAAACCCUCUUUGUGUGAACUUGGAUGGGUUCGGGUUUGUAUUAAA